AUGGCGCUGCUACUACACCUGUUGGAGUACCUCCUACACAAGCUGGGAAUUAGGAAGCACAUUAAGGGGGUGAAGCGCAUCUGCAUGAACAGCAUUAAGCAUUUCAUUUUGGAGGAGUUAGAACUGACCCCCUUCACGGUUAGCCUCCUCGAUGGCCUGGCGAGAAACGCACCGGGGGGGAAGCCACAUAGGGAAAGCGGCACACACGGGAAAGUCUCAUCGAAGGGGAAGCGGCCCCGUGAAGAGAAGGGAGCGUUCGGUGCGUAUUUGGCCUACCUGGACUCUCUGAAGGAGAGGAGACACCAACUGAGCUUUGACAUUUGCUACGUCGGUAGGGUGGAGGUCGACUGGGGGGUCCCCUCCAGCGGGGAGGGCAAUCUAAGCGGCAAUAGAAGCGGCAGUAGGAGCGGAAACAGACGCGGCAACAGAAGCGGUAAUAGAAGUGGCGGGGUGCGCGAUGCACACGUCUACAGCGGCUUGACCGCGCAGGUGGAAAACGUCUUCGUGAGUGUGAAGCUGCAGGAGGAGGGCGUCCGCUCGGGGGAGUCUGCGAGAGGAGGAAGGGGAAAGAACGGAAAGAAGGCAAACAUGGUUGGCCGCACAGUGGGUAGCGCUAAAAACGAUGGUGAACGGAGCAGCGGUGAUGAUAGAUGCAAAUCCUUGGAGACCCGCAGGAGCCUCCCCCUGGUGGCUCUCCUCCUGGGCGUCCUCUACCUGAACGUCGUGAAAACGAAGCUGUGCAAGUUGGCCUGUUCCCUCCUCCAGUACAUCACUCAUAAUAUUUUAAAGAGGAACCUCCUGCGCCUUCUCAAAGGAACCCUUUCCAAAAUGGCCAAGCAACACAUCCUCUGCCUUGACGUAAGAAACGUAAAUAUCAUUUUUGAAGAUUCUCUCUCGAAUGGAAAGAAAAGGAUCUUCCUCUCUGUACAUGUGAGCGAAAUUCACGCGGACAACUGUAGCUUUAUCCGGAGCAGGGAGAGAGAGGGAAGCCACGUGAGGGAAGAGACACUCAGUCGGAACCUCCUCCAAAAGGGGAAGAAGCUCAUUCGAAAUGGUGGGGACACCCUGCAGGGGAAUACCUACGAGGACCUAUUCAACGUGGGCAUCAGUCAGGUUAGUGUUUACCAAGAUGGAAGGAGUCAGCACAUCGGUAGGAGCGACAUUCGUGAGGACAAGCUUAAAUAUAAAUUUUUUUUCUUUUAUAAUAUGAAAGUCACCCAUCAGAGGGAGUGCCUGCUGAAGGAGACCAACCUGCUGUGGGUCGUAUCGAAGGACAGGGGCAGCCAGAGGUACCUCCUCAGCGUCGUCACCCCGGGCAUUCAGCUCGCCCUUUCGAAUGAUGGGCUUUACAGUUUGUAUUUGUUUCUGUAUAACACCGAAGAGGAAGAGCCCGCGUCGCCGGGGAAACGAAACUGCUCCAGUUGGACCUUCACAUGGAACAGUUCAAAGUGA